AUGAGGAUGACGGGCCGCGUACCCAAGAGCAAGCAAAGAAUUCGCAUCACCGAGAAGGUAGGCGACCUCUUCGCCUCCCCAGCCGGCAGCGUGUUAAUCCACGCCUGCAACGGCCUCGGCUCUUGGGGGGUGGGCAUCGCUCUGGCCUUCCGCGAGCGGUACCCGGCCGAGUUUCGGGUGUACCGGGCGCACUGCGCUCAGUCUACCCCCGACGAGCUGCUGGGCACGGCAUUGCUUGUCCCAACACAGCCAGCCGGUGCCCUAGGCCGUGGGCACUACAUUGGCUUCCUCUUCACCAGCCGGGGCAGCGGCAUGGGGCGGCCCGACUCGCCCAGUGAUAUCCUCCGGGCGACGGGACCGGCCAUGAAGCACCUCAUGCGGCUGAUUGCCGAGGAGGAAAAGAAGCCGGGAGCAAGCGCUAUUAGCGAGCUGAGGAUGUGCCGGAUCAACACCGGGCUGUUUGCCGUGCCUUGGCCGCUGACCAAGGCCGCUAUUCAGGCUUUGGUGCUGGGCGACGGGGAGGUCCCCGGGAUUGCGAAGGAAGGCAUCCUGGAGGUUGUGGCCUAUGAGAAGGCUUAG